UUAGAGCCAAUGAAAUUAGGUUUUACUUCAGACUCUUCGGUACACGCAUCAAAAUGGCCGAAUCAGGUGGAUCAAUGUUUAAAAAAAGAACAAAAUUUCAAAGAUCUCGACAGAAAGCCAAAAGUGCAUCCGGUAGUAGUGACUCAGAUGAUGAAGGUAAUGUUGCCAUCAAAAAGUCAAGAAAGUCCCACCACAAUCCUUUGGUUCAAGGGACAAAAGGAUUUCGACAGAGGAAGGAAAUUGGUUACAGUGGAAGUGAAAGUGAGGAUGACAACAAAAUCUCAGUCAGCUACAGAUCCAGUAGAACAGGAAAGCGAGAGGGACCAGAUGACAUGGGAGCCACUGCUACAGUGGAAAUAGACACUGAUCGGGACAGAGAUGCGCAGGCUAUUUUUGAGAAAUCUCAGGAAAUUAAUAAGGCCUUAAAAGGACAGGAAGAUGACAAAAUAUACAGAGGAAUUAACAACUAUGCUCCGAUCAUAGAGAAGAAAGACACAGCUCAAGGAAAUGCAUCAAGUGGCAUGGUCAGAAAAGGUCCCAUGAGGGCACCUGCACAUCUUCGCGCCACAGUUCGAUGGGAUUAUCAGCCCGACAUCUGCAAAGAUUACAAAGAAACAGGAUUCUGUGGAUUUGGAGGCAAUUGCAAGUUUUUACAUGACAGAAGUGAUUACAAACAUGGAUGGCAGCUAGAGAGAGAAAUGGAUGAAGGUCGUUAUGGCAAGACUGAUGAAGGUAACUACGAGAUCAGCAGUGAUGAGGAUGAGAUGCCCUUUAAGUGCUUCAUAUGCCGUGAAUUCUUCACCAAUCCAGUAAUGACAAAAUGUAAGCACUAUUUUUGUGAGAAGUGCGCUCUUGCCCAGUACAAGAAAUCAAAGCGAUGUUUUGUGUGCAAUGAGCAGACUAUGGGAGUUUUUAACCCUGCCAAAGAUUUGAUUGCAAAGAUAAAGAAGGCCAAAGAAGCAAAAGGACUGGACUCUGACGAAGAAGACACAGGGGGAGGGGGAAGUGAUGUUAAUGAUGAAAAUUAGAUUGAAGGUUGGGUGGAAAGACUGGGUUUUUUUUUUGGGGGGGGGGUGGAUUUAAAAGGCAAGGAUCAAUAGAAUGAUAGGGGGAUGAAGGAAUUGUUCAAAAUACUUAAUACUGAAGAUUAGAGGCCACAACAGAGAGAGAGAGAGAGAGAGAGAGAGAGAGAGAGAGAGAGAGAGAGAGGAGAGAGAGAAUUGAUUACAUGGCUGCAUAAGAGAACUAUCUGGAGAAUAUUUUACUACAGCAUACAAUGAUGUUUUCAUGGUAUAGAACAUCAAUAUGUGUUCUGCAUAUUUUGUCAUCUCUUGCACUGUUCAAAGAACUGAAUUUACAGGACUGAUUAAAACACGUAGAAAAAAAAAUUAAUUCUUUUGUAUUCUUU